CGCGCUCUCCGAAGCCAUGGACAACUGCCCCGCCGGGUCGGUCGCUGUCGAGGCGAAGAGUUCCGAACCUUGAAAAAGGCUUCUAGCACCCUGCACGUUUCUCGAGGAAACGGCCCGGGGAGGGCGCCACCAUGAACCGUCUCGCUGCACUGACACCGGGCAGCGUCACAACGCAUACCCAGACGGCGGUACCGACCAAUGACUGGUCCUGUGACGGAGAAAGCCAAUGUGACUCCCACCGGCCCCUCUGGUCUUUUUGUAUGAUGUGCGUUGUGGUUUACUCCCCGCCCGCGUUUUAAGCUCCAGAUUCCAAUCGCGACUGCCCUUUCCACCACCCGUAUCGAUGGUAGAGAUGAUCGAGACGAUUGAUAGAUGAGCACGAGGACGGAUGACUGGGUAACCCUUGCCGCGGCACCCAUGUUUCAGGCACAGAGAGGGGGGAGGGUCCCAACCUUCGCGCGACCGACUGUUUCCGGGUUCGUUCAUCGUGAUGACGGGGCUGCUGAGCCAGCCCAUAUACUCAGCAUCGAUUCCUAUCGCCGAUGCCAGCGCGUGUGUAACGGUGGUGUGUGUGUGUGUGUCUGUCAGACCUCGCAAGUUUCGCGGCUGUCCAUUUCCGUCCGGUGUCUUGCUUACUUUGGCCGCUCCGCUGGGUCGUACGUGUGCCUAAGCAGACCUGGCUCAACGCUGGCCCCCUCCUCGGGAAUACUGGGCAGCCCAGGAGGAGGGUUAUCCCAGGGUAUCCUUCUUUCCCAUCCUUUCCUCGGGAGUAGCUUCUGUAUUCGUGCCUGCCGGGUACUGCAACAAGGUCUGACAUUCAGAUGGUUUCUCACACGAAAGAGACGCAGGUUUAUGGCAACCCCCCCUCCUCCUCCUCCUCCUUCAUCCCUUCCUCUAGGGAUCACUUGCGACUUGGUAUCCUAAUCUAGACGUUUUCACGUGCACUGUAGUCGCUUUUGGCGAACUGUCCCCCCCCCCUCGUCGCCAACGUACCAUGUGAUGACACCGUCCCACCCACAAGAGCAGAAGAGACAUGAGCCCAAUGUUGCUUAUUGGUGUUGAUCAAGGCCUGCCUUGCAGUCUAGGCCGUUGGGUUUUUCCCCAGUGUUUGGCAUCGACCAAAGCAGAAAGCACCAAAAAGCGCACAGCCGCUUUUUCUAGGAUCAAGUCAAAAGCUUGUGGAUAUUGGCAAAUGCCUCUGAGGGUUGAGUAUUUUGCUGCAUAGGAACUAUGGCCCUUUGCCUUGUCAUGACACAGUGACACCAGGUAUCUGAUACACAAAUCUAAUAGACUAAAAGAGAGAGAGAGAGAGAGAGAGGAAAAGUAUUGGAAUGGAAACCCCCUCGCUGCCAUGCUUGCAAUAAGAAGAAAACGCCGC